AUGUAUAUAGUUCGAUACAUUGCUUUUGCUCUGUGUACCUCCUCUUCCGUGUCACCAGUACCUCCUUUCCGUGUCACCAGUACCUCUUACGUGUCACCAGUACCUCUUACGUGUCACCAGUACCUCCUCUUACGUGUCACCAGUAACCUCCUCUUCCGUCACCAGCACUCCUCCAUGUGUCACCAGUACCCCUCCAUGUGUCACCAGUACCUCCUCUACGUGUCACCAGCACUAUCUCUUCCGUGUCACCAGUGCCCCCUCUUACGUGUCACCAGUAACCUCCUCUUCCGUGUCACCAGUACCCCUCCCUCUUCCGUGUCAAUUAGCAUCUCCUCUUCCGUGUCACCAGAACCACCUCUUCCUGUGUCACCAGUACUCCUCUUCUGUGUCACCAGUACCAUCUCUUCCGUGUCACCAGUAUCCUCCUCCUUACGUGUCACCAGUACCUCCUCUUCCGUGUCACCACACCUCCUCUUCGUGUCACCAGUACCUCCUUCCGUGUCACCAGUAACCUCCUCUUCCGUAUCACCAGUACCUCCUUCCGUGUCACUCAGUACUCCUCUUCCGUGUCACCAGUACCUCCUCUUCCGUGUCACCAGGCACUCCCUCUCUUCCGUGUCACCAGUUCCCUCUUCCGUGUCACCAGUACCUCCUCCUUCCGUGUCACCAGUACCCCCUCUUCCGUGUCACCAGUACCUCCUCUUCCGUGUCACCAGUACCAUCUCUUCCGUGUCACCAGUACCUCCUCUCCGUGUCACCAGUAACCUCCUCUUCCGUGUCACCAGCACCUCCUCUUCCGUGUCACCAGCACUCCUCUUCCGUGUCACUAUACCCUCUUUCGUGUCACCAGUAACCUCCUCUGUGUCACUAGCACCUCCUCUGUGUCACCAGUACUCCUCCUUCCGUGUCACCAGUAACCUCCUCUUCUCUGUGUCACCAGUACCUCCUCUUCCGUGUCACCAGCACUCCUCCUGUGUCACCAGUACCUCCUCUUCUGUGUCACCAGUACUCCUCUUCCGUGUCACCAGUACCUCCUCUUCUGUGUCACCAGUACCAUCUCUUUCUGUGUCACCAGUAACCUCCUCUUCUGUGUCACCAGUACCAUCUCUUCCGUGUCACCAGUACUCCUCUUCCGUGUCACCAGUACCUCCUCUCUGUGUCACCAGUACUCCUCUUCUGUGUCACCAGUACUCCUCUUCUGUGUCACCAGUACCAUCUCUUCUGUGUCACCAUAACCCUCUUCUGUGUCACCAGUACCACUCUCUCUUCCGUGUCACCAGUACCUCCUCUUCCGUGUCACCAGUAACCUCCUCUUCCGUGUCACCAGUAACUCCUCCCUACGUGUCACCAGCACUCUUCCGUGUCACCAGUAUCCUCCUCCACGUGUCACCAGUAACCUCCUUCCGUGUCACCAGUACCUCCUCUUCCGUGUCACCAGUACUCCUCCCUUCUGUGUCACCAGUACUCUUCCGUGUCACCAGUACCUCCUCUCUGUGUCACCAGUACCUCCUCUUCCGUGUCACCAGUACCUCCCCUCCGUGUCACCAGUACUCCUCUUCUGUGUCACCAGUACUCUCUCCGUGUCACCAGUAA